AUGGCAAGGUCUCGUGUUCUCAGCGGCGUGUUGGGCGCCGUUGCCUUGUUGGCGACAGCGGCCGUUUUGGCUCUUGAAAUUAUCAUAGCUCAGGGACUAUCGGAGGUGGUUCCCCCGGUCACAGUUGCGGCGAUCAUCGCAUCAGCAUGGGAGGGGCUGAUUUUCAUCCUAUUAACUUUUCUUCUCAUUAAAAGAUCUCGACGGUCGACGGAUUUUGGAAAGAGGAAAAACAAUGGCGUAUGGUUUGCACUGGGCCUAGUUGCGAGUAUAUUGGCAUCUAUUGCAUCUGUCGUAAUGCAGGUUAUGAUGGGAAAGUCUGAGAAGUUGCCAGAGACUAUGCUUCAAGUUCAAUCGACGAACUUCCUUAUCGGAUCUGCUAUCACGCUCGUCUGUGCGUUCGUGGGACAACUUGCCUUCAUCGUUGUCUGUUUCGUUGUUCAUCGGUCCCCUGAUUCUGAGCAAGCGUUAUCUCUUCACACCAACGAAGACAAUUCUCGUCUACCGAACAUACGUGUGAAGUCAAUUCCUUAUAGUCGGACAACGCCGGCUUCGAGCCAAACGAGGAUCCAGGAACGACCAUUGACUGAUUACUCAAGCCGGCCCAACUCGAGUGGUGGCCGUUCAAUGGCUGAGACGAUGAGCUCUAUUCGAACUUCGCUUUCUCACACUGUGCGUCCUACAGGAUCCAAGACUAGGCUGUUAUCUACUAGUCCAAAAACAGUGCGUCGCCCCCCUUCAAUAGACUCGACUGGAUAUCGGGAGCGGUCAAGCGUGACGGAGGAUGGCUUCGAUUCCUGGGAUACUUCCUCAGUCGACCCUCAGAAUCGUCAGAUCGUUGUGGAUACCAGUCCUCCCAUACGUGCUCGCUUUUUGGAGACCAUUCCUGCGAGUCCCACAACAAGUAGGAGUCCAAGUCCUGGAUGCCCCUUGGAUUUGGAACCCCCAAAACGCAACCGGAGAAGCCGAAGUUAUAGUCCUCUUCCUAGAGCACAUCAUGAACGCAGUUUGACGCCCUUGUCGUCGCCGGGCGAGCUACAUAUUCACCCACUUUUCCGAUCCGACUCUCCUGUGCCUCCACCGGCAGCUACCCCCGGAACAAUGGUCAUCGCGGCACCUAAUGCCGGUCAAACGAUAUCGGAAAAAUCUCUCACUCGAAUGCGGAGUGGAAGUCUACCUACGGGACCAAAUCCCCUGAGCCGGCAAGGAAGCUAUGAGAGUUUCCGGAAGACACCAAGCCCUAAUUCGGAUCGGCUCCGCGCAGAGGAGGCAGCCGGGGAGAGAAAAAUGACACCUCCGAUCCCCGAGUGGAUUUUGAGUGCCGGGAAGAACGAAUUCGACCGAAUCCAAGAUCAAAAAGCUGCUGGGGCAUGA